GCGCGUCCGUGGGAGGAGAUCAGGACACAGCCUCUGUCUCAUACGUACGAGCUUGGCCAGUUCUGGUGGUGCUUCCAGUCGAUGGCAAUAAUUUUGUUGGGAUGGCAUGUAUUGGCGUUCUUUAGCUUCAAGCUGAAGGAUCGGUCCAAACAGAAGUAGAGAUGGCUGCUCGCGAUGUAUACGGUCGUCCCCUUCUUCAGACCUUUUUCUUUUUGUUUAUACCAGUUCCUAAUUUCUCUCCCAUCAAUCCUAACCUUUUUUCAUGUCUUUAAUGACCCUUUCCUUUCCCCUUACAUACCACUACUCAUUAAUCUCGACCAUAGACAACUGUAGACCACUCUUAAUCUAAUAUCUAACCAUAGACCAUCCUCCAUAGAUCCUAAUCACCUUAUAAUGAA